GAAUCUCGAGUUGAAUGGUGAUGUGUCUUUUCAGUUUUUUCCAGAGUGAUGUCAACGAUGGCAGGUUCUUGGAGACCGGCAAACUUUACUGGAAACAUAAUGCAGUGUCUAUUUUUUCAAUGUUUAGUUUUAGUUUUUCUAGUUCAAUUGUAUCCAGCUAGUUGUGCUCCCGAAAUAGUGAGACCUCGAGGGGUGGCCAUAUCAAAGGCACCAUUGUACGACCCAGAGAGAGAUUUUAAAUGCCUUGAUGGAUCUAGGACAUUGCCUUUUUAUAUGGUAAAUGAUGACUACUGUGAUUGCCCUGAUGCAUCGGAUGAGCCUGGCACCGCAGCCUGCCCAGCGGGAUCCUUCCACUGCACUAAUGCAGGCCACAGUCCUCUGAAUAUUCCCGCAUCUCGUGUUAAUGAUGGAAUCUGUGAUUGUUGCGACGGAACUGAUGAAUAUGCUACCUCAGCUGGAUGUGAAAAUACUUGUCUUGAACAAGGCCGUUCUGCUCGAAUGGCAGCACUGCGUCAAGCAGAGCUUACUAAGCAAGGAAAUGAAUUACGACUCCAACUGAUCCGCCAAGGCAAACAGCUUAAAACUGACAAAAAGGCCCGACUAGAGCAGCUACAGAAGGACCGUGAAGAAGCUGCUAAGAUCAAACAGGAAAAAGAAGCUCUGAGGAAUGCUGCAGAGGAACUUGAGAAGGCAGCUUUAGAGAAAUACCGUCAAGCUGCUGAGGAAGAAAGAGCCAAGCAAUCUUCAGCAAAUCAGGAAGAACAAGAAGCUUUUGAACAUUUCCAGCGAUUUGAUUCAGAUCAUGAUGGCUUCAUCCGCAUUAGUGAUCUGCAGUCCCGACAAACAUUUGACAAGGACAAGAAUGGUGAAGUGUCUGAAGAAGAAGCAAAGUAUUUCAUGGAAGAAGAUGAACUUGACUGGAGCACCUUCUAUUCUCAAGCGUGGCCACGCAUGAAACCGUACAUUAUGAUGGAAAAGGGGUUAUUUGCACCUCCCACUACACCAUCUCCGAGCAUUGAGGCCCCAGGUGAUAAUGCAGAGGAGUUUCCGGCUGACAAUGGUGAGGAUGAAGAAGAGGAAGAUGCUAAUGCAGAUGGCAAAUGGGCUGCUGAUGCUGCUGCCGAAACUGAUGAUGCUGCUGCUGAUGGAGAUGAAGCAUCUGCUGAUGCUGGUUCUGAAAAUGAUGAAGCUGCUGCUGAUGUUGUGGAAGAGACACAUUAUGAUGAAAGCACACAGAAUCUUAUUGAAGAGGCUCGUAAGGCUAGAACAGAAUACGAAGAUGCUGACAAAUCAGUUCGAGAUGUAGACCGUGAAAUCCGUGACAUUGAGGAUGCAUUGGGUAAAGACUUUGGCCAAGCUGAGGAAUUCGCCACACUGCAAGGGCAAUGCUUUGAAUACACUGACAGGGAAUACACUUAUAAAAUGUGUCCAUUUGACCAGGUCACUCAAAUCCCAAAGAACGGUGGCUCUGACACAAGACUGGGAACUUGGGGCCGAUGGACUGGCACUCCAAAUAAGUACUCCACAAUGUUUUUUGAGCAUGGUCAAGGUUGUUGGAACGGUCCUCAGCGCACUGCCACUGUGAAACUUGUGUGUGGUCUUGAGAACAAGCUUACUGCCGCUAGUGAACCAAAUCGCUGCGAGUACUUAUUUGAAUUUUCUUCUCCUGCGAUGUGUGUGUCAGAAACAGAUUCAAAUCCUCACGAUGAGCUAUAGUACACCAAAUGUAGAACAGUGUUCUCACUUGUCACAGGGUUUUGAAAGAAUGGGAAUAAUUAAUGAUUCGAUAAUACCAUUUUAUAGUGCAGGUGUCCUGCAAUUCAAGUCAUGAUGGAGUAUUAUGUUAGGUUCUAUUUUUCUUUGUUGGUGUACAAAUGUAUAAAGUUAGCAAUAAGUGUUCUACGCCUUUCUAAGAACUUCAACAAAAGAUUGUUGCUCACAGUUAGCUUAUUAUUGCUGGUUAUGAAGAAGAGAACCUUGGAGAGAACUUUCCUGAAUUAGAGUGAUUUGCUUAAGUAUGUGUGUUUGUGCAAUUCUAUAUUGUGGAACAGAUGUAAGCUGACUGUGAUUUAUAUGAAAUGAGUGAGGGGCCCCAUGUUUAAUUAUUUAGUUAAUAUGGUUUGGAGAUUUAAAAAAAAAAACAAAAAAAAAACUGUUUUGUUCUGCACAAACUGAGCCAGUGCUUGUAUGAUGCAGUGGGGUUCGAGUCUGUUGUUAUUAAUUUGUGUACUUCCUUGAUGGUAUCUGCUGUCUGCUCAUUGUUCUUUGAUAUGAUGUAUUAUGGUGUUUUGAAGCAUGCCAUGUUUCAUCUGCUGUUUUUUCUCAUGUGUAUUUCUAGCUCUUCAAAUUCCUCUUCUAGGGAUUGUUUUGUCUUUUUCGAAGAGCCAAUCGCACAUAGUUUUACAAUCUGACUGUCUGUUGUUGUUAGUUUAUUUCAAAUAAUGUUGCCUAUUUAAUUUUGUUUUUUAAAUUACAUGUUGGAUUUUUCAACAUGGACUGUAAAGAUGCACUCCAGACCUGUGAACUCUCCCCCCCUCUCUCUUUUUUAAGUGCAGUUCUCUACCUUAAUUAAAUUUUUUUUGUCCUUGGGUCUUUAUCCACUUACUACAAUUUGAAGUUCAAUCUUCUUCCCAGGUGAAUGCAUUUCUCAUGGAACACUGAUUUUAAGAAAGUAAAGAAGGGACCUUACUGAUGUUGUUGUUUGAUCUAGACUGAAAUUUCAAAAUCUUAGAUGUGCUUCUAAGAAUUUUUCCCAGUAUGAGCAAUGGGCAACAGUGAAACUUGUCUGUUUCAAAAUCAACCAGCAUCCAUUUAGGAAUUACUGUUACCAUAAUUGACCUGAUUUGGUGUGUACAGGUCAAAAGCAGUUUUAAGAUAUUUACAAUAUAGUUAAAGGAACAAUUUACUGCCACUGUGGUUAGAUUUUGCCGUAGAUCACACUUCGAUCAAAUUGUGCUAUUUGUUACUUUUGGGGGGGGGGCAUAAAAUAAACAGGCUGUAGACGAAUUCGGAUGUUAAAAAAUGAUGUUUUCAAUCAUGUUUAUGCUAGUAAAGGACAUUCAAGUAAUGUGACCUGUUUAACUGGAAGUUAUUAGUACAUUCCAUGGUAAAUUUGUGAAGAAAGUGUAAUCUCUUUUCAGGAAGUCUGAUGAUAUUCAAUAAAUCCAUUCCAUGCCA